AACAAAAUGAAUAUAACGCAUUUUGAACACCAACUUGAACAUCAAGUGAAGGUUCCAACACCAAACUAUAUGGAUAUCAGUUUGAUGUACGGCAAUGAAUCCGGACGAAAUGCGGACGUGUAUAGCCUUGCCGACGUCGAUCUACUUUUUGCGAAUAUUGAACUAGAUAUUUACAUUGACCUCGGCGUGGUGAACAUCAUUCUUAUCGUACUCUAUAGCGCCAUCUUCAUCGUCGGUCUCCUUGGCAAUAUAUUUGUUAUCGUCGCGAUCAUUAAGUUCAAAAGUCUGCGCACGCUUACGAACUACUUUCUUUUGAACCUCACAGUUGGUGACAUAUUGGUUAUAUUGGUUUGCAUACCUGUCACUCUUGGAAGUACGGUGUACAAGAAAUGGAUUUAUGGUCAAGUAUUGUGUAAAUUAACGCCAUUUUGCCAAGGCACGGCGGUAGCUGUUAGCGUUUUGUCACUUUUGUUUAUUUGUGCCAGUAGGUGCUUCGCAAUUUAUAAGCCGUUACGAGCGAAGAUAAUAUUCUCGAAACACAAUGUUAAGUUCAUGAUUAUUGUAAUAUGGCUUCUGUCUUUCGGCUCGAUGUGUCCUCUGCUUAUUGUUAACUCCGUUAAAACCAUAACCAUAUAUGAACUGUUCGAUAGUGUCACUUGCCAAGAAAGUUGGGGUUCACUAACUGACAAACAUGUUUUCAACGGGUUUAUAUUUUGUGCAUUAUUUGUUUUGCCACUAACCAUGAUGUCAAUAGGAUAUUCGGUGAUUGGUCACACUCUUUGGAUUGGAAAUUCGAUUUUGAUGGAGGGCAAUGGGUGUCAAAAGAAAAGUAACAACAUAAUUUUGAAGCAACGGCGAAGAACUGUGAAGAUGCUUAUUUGCAUAGUAGUGAUAUUUGGACUUUGUUGGCUCCCAUAUUAUAUUGUAUACUUUUGGAUUGAUGCAAAUUUAAGCAUCGGUGCUGAGAAUGGCAUUCUUACAAAUGUGUAUCCAUUUGUUAUGUUGCUCGGUUUAUCGAACUCAGCAGUGAAUCCAAUCUGCUAUUGCAUUCUUAGCCGUGGAUUUCGAAGGGGGUUUGAUAGUAUAUUGUGCGUUAACUUCUUGAAGAGAGGUGGGAGCUUUUUGCGAUCAUCCUUCAAAAGGAAAUCGACCGCGAGUGGAAGCAUAGACACAGCGGAGGUGUGAACUUGGACUAAUGAAUCACGUGAUUACCCCCA